AUGGCGCACGAGGCGCCGACGGGCCCCCGCCCGCCUGCUUCUCGCGCCUUUGACGCCGCCAUCGAGGCGGCCGACGCGGGCACGCUCGCCGCCGCGACGGUGGCCGGCCUCGCCGCCGAGCUCUGCCAGAUCCAGGCGUCGCAGCCGGUGGCGAAACACGGGAGAGCCGAGGCGGAGCUGGCCGGCCGGUGCCGUCCUCUGGCGGAGGAGGCGGCCAAGGCGCUCGCGGCGGUGUCGUCUGCGCGUGGCGAGCUCGAGGCCGCCGCCUCCGCCGCGGCCGCCCGCGUCGGAGAGCUGCAGUCGGCGCUCGACGCGAGAGGAGCGGAGGAGCGGAGGGCGCGGGAGCACGCGGCGGCGGCCAGCGGCGCCGCCGUCGCGGAGGCAGAGGCGCUGAAGCAGGAGCUGAGCGGAGCCCAGUCGUCCCUCGGCCUCCUCUCCGCCGGGAGAAGGCCUGCCGGCAGCGUCGCCUCGCCGGCGCCCUCCCUCGCGGACAGCCAGGGCAGCCGCGACGACGACCCGGCGGCAAGAGAAAAGGCGCGCGCGCAAGCGGCGCGCAACGAGUGUGUCGAGGCGAGGUCGAAGGCGCACCGGCUGGGCCAGCAGCUCAACGAGGCAAGGGCGGCACGACUCCCCGCCGCUGGCCGAGCUGGAGAUCUCCCCGUAUCUCCCCUCAUCGCAUCGUUAUCUCCUCAUAUGCUCGCCAGGCUGGCCGAGCUGGAGAGGGCUCUGAACGCGGCGGCGGCCGAGGCCGCCUCGCAUGCGGGGUCGAUGUGGGGCGGCUCGGCUUCCUCCAUGGCGUGGACUGAGGCAGCGAAACCAGUGGAUGAGUGCAGCGCCUGUCCCGAGGCGGCGGCCUGCUGCGCGGCGGCGAUGGCGGCGGCGGCGAGGCUGGAUGAGGUCGUGAGGGUGGAGGCGGAGGCGAUGUCGACGCUGCUCGCUCGCACCGAGGCCGAGGCGGCGGGGCUCCGUUCGUCGCUUGCGGCAGCUGGCGCCGUGAUGCUACAGGCGGACAAGGAGGUCGCCGAGCGGGCGCGGCUCGCGGACUCCUUCGACCUGCAGAAGAUCCUCUCCGCCGCCUCUGGCUUCACCGAGUCUCUCUCCCGCUCCGCGUCGAGCGUCGCCGCCGCGCACCAGCAGCUCCUGCCCACCACGCACCACCAGCUCUUGCCCCCCGCGCACUUGGCCUCGCCCUCCCACGCCCCUCCGCCGCCCGCGCCGUCCGCGCCGCCGCCGCGCACGCCGCCGCCCCCCCGGCCGCCGCCGCCGCCGCCGCCGAAGACGCCCUUCGGCGCAAGCCGCGACCCUGUCAACGACCUCGUCUCCGACAUCCGCAACUUCGACCGCUCGUCGCUGCGCAGCGCAAGCCGCAGCCGCGGCGGCGGCGGCCGCGACGGCGGAGGCGGCGACGGCGGCGGCGCCGCCGCCUCUGCCGCCGCAGCGCGCGUCUCGCCGCUGGACUUCGUCGAGGCGCCGCGGCGAGGCCUCCCGCCGCUGCGCCCUGAGCUGAAGCGAGGCCUCCCGCCGCUGCGCCCCACCCCACGCGGAACUCCGGACGAGACGCCGAACGGCACGCCGGGACGGCUCUCUCCCGGGCAGGCGACCGGCGGGCCGACGCCGGCGCCGACGCCCGCGUCUUCGCAGGCCCCCUCCCGCCGCCCGUCCCUCAACCAGCCGCUGAGCAACGCCUCGCCGCAGCCGGUGCCCUCCCCCCGGACGGAGUCUCAAAACGGCGCCGCAGCCGAGAACAGGGUGGUGGCGGGUGCGGCAGCAGCGGCGUCGGCGGUGCCGCCGGCGCGGGCGGUGGGCGCGAACGGCCACGCCCUCGCGUCGGGCGGCGCAAAUGGCAGCGCGGGCGAGCAGCCGAGAAGGGUGAGUGCGGAGCAGGAGUACUACUGA